AUGUAUCCAGGACAACAAUACUCACAACAAAAUCAACAACAGGGAUCGCAAAAUAACCAAUUUCCAGGAGGAUUUGUUUUACCAUCGUCAGAUCAACAAAAUUAUUCACCUCAAGGAAGCUAUCCAACACCUCCUCCAGGACCACCGCCUUCAGGUGGAUAUGCACCACCUCCAGGACCACCACCUGGUAGCUACAUUCCACAUAGCUACACCUUACAACCGAGACCACCGUCUGGUGACUAUGCACCUCCAGGACCACCUUCUGGGCCACCAUCUGGUGGAUAUGCACCACCACCAAGUGGCUACACACCACCACCAGGACCUCCGUCUAGUGGUUAUGCACUACCACCAGGACCUCCGUCUGGUGGUUCUACACCACAACCGAGGCCCCCAUCUGGUGGUUAUACACCACCACCAGGACCUCCGUCUAGCGGUUAUACACCACCACCACCAGGACCUCCGUCUAGCGGUUAUACACCACCACCACCAGGACCUCCGUCUGGUGGCUAUGCACCACAACCGGGACCUCCAUCUCUACAAAACCAGCAACAUCAAAAUGGCUACAUGGGUUAUAGGAGUGGAGGACGUAAAAAAGCAUUACUUAUUGGAAUAAAUUACUUUAAUCAACAGGCCGAAUUAAGGGGUUGCUUAAAUGAUGUCGCUAAUGUGAAAAAAUUUUUAAUUGAAGUAUAUGGGUUCCAAGAAUCUAAUAUGGUUAUUUUAACUGAUGAUCAGAAGGAUCCGACAAGGAUUCCAAUUAAAGCUAAUAUCCUGGAAGCAAUGAAGUGGCUUGCACAAGAUGCUCAGCCAGGAGAUUUGUAA